AUGAACAACGCUGUAUUCGUCGCUUAGCGUUACAGUUGGCAUCAUAACUUUUUCUUCACGUGGCUUUUCCCCAGAACGUAACAAUGAGUGUAGAAGAUCCAAAGCCAAUGGAUUGUUCUCCUAUCAAUAAUAAUAAUCGAUUGUGUGCUAUAUGCCUAGAAAAUGAGUUCAAAUAUAAAUGUCCAAAAUGUGAAAUUAAAACUUGUAGCCUUUCUUGUUGUAAUAAUCAUAAAAGUCAAUUUAAUUGCAAUGGAAUCUGUGAUACUGUUACCUAUUGUCGACGAGAAGAUUAUUCCACAUUUCUUUUUCAAAGAGAUUAUAGAUUAUUGGAAGAAAUUGACAGAAGGAAUGCUGAUAGAGAAAAACAGCUUUUAUCACUGUCUCAUCGAAAUACUGGAAGAAUACGAAAAAGAAAUCAGUUAGUAAAGUUGGCUAGUGAAUAUGGCAUUACUCUUCGACUCUCACCAACACUUAUCCUGUCGCGUACCAAAGUCAACAGAACUCGUAUCCAUAUACAGAAAGAUGAACCAAAAAGUAUAUUAUGGAGUGUAGAGUUUAGUCUUAUACCAUUGGAGGCGAAUUCAACUCCUGUUAUUGAUCAAUCGAAAUCUCUACGACUGGUUGUACAUGAUCAAGAACAACAGAGACGAUUGUGUAAUAUAUGGGAUGAUCAUGUAUUGAAUGUUUCCUCUGAGAAACAAGAUUCAUUAAUCACCUAUUCACCUCCACGUUCACCGCCUUUUGGAAAGAUUUCAUCAUGGUUGCAUUGUGGAACAAAUCAAUCAAGUGAUGAUCCUACUAACUCGAUGAAUAAAGUCUAUUUCUAUGUAAAAGUUCAAGAGAUUAGUGUUCCACAAAUAGAUGAAGAUGUCAAGACAACACUGACUCGUCGAUACAAAUAUGUGGAGAUAUUUACAACGAAUAGAUUGAUUGAUAUAUUAACUAUCCCUGGUCUUAUAAUCCAUGAAAUGCCUACAAUCUACGUAACUAAGCAUGAAUUAAACAGUUCAAAUACAACUUGAUUGAUUUUUGAAAUUUCUAUUUGAAAUGGCAUUCAGUGUAUGGUGGCUAACAACAGUAGUGAUUCACUCGUUUUCGGACUGUCGUG